GUCCCGUGGCAGCCGGCGGCCGAGAGCGACGCGGAGGGCGGGGAGCGGCGGCGGCGGCGAUGGACGACCACAGCCUGGACGAGUUCCGCCGGCGCUGGCAGGAGGAGCUGGCGCAGGCCCAGGCGCUCAGGAAGCGGCGGCGGCCCGAGACUGCAGAGCGGCGGCCGCGGCGGCCCGAAGUGGCUCUGGGGCGCGGCGAGCAGGCCUCGGGGUACCUGGCGCUGGCCCAGGGCCUCCUGGAGGGCGCGGGGCGGCCCCCGGCUCCGCGGGCGACCCGGGCCGAGAGGCAGGACGCGGCGAGCCGCUCCCGCUCCCCUCCGGCCCGCGAGGCCGCGGGGGGCGGGGAGCAGCUGGUGGACCAGCUCAUCCGAGACCUGAAUGAGAUGGAUGACGUGCCCUUCUUUGACAUCCAGCUGCCUUACGAACUGGCAAUCAACAUAUUUCAGUAUCUGGACAGGAAAGACCUGGGAAGGUGUGCACAGGUGAGCAAGACGUGGAAGGUGAUUGCCGAAGACGAAGUGCUUUGGUACCGGCUGUGCCGGCAGGAAGGGCACCUUCCCGAGAGCAGCAUCUCUGAUUACUCGUGCUGGAAGCUCAUCUUCCAAGAGUGCCGAGCCAAGGAACACAUGUUAAGAACCAACUGGAAGAAUCGCAAAGGUGCCGUGAGCGAACUGGAGCACGUUCCCGAUGCGGUUUUGUGUGACGUGCAUUCCCAUGACGGCGUUGUCAUUGCCGGAUAUACAUCAGGGGACGUAAGGGUGUGGGACACCCGCACCUGGGACUACACAGCCCCUUUCCUGGACUCAGAGUAUGAGGAGGACGAGCCUGGAAUGCAGCCAUAUGUCUCCUUUGUGAGGAUAAACAGCUCGCUGGCGGUAGCGGCUUAUGAGGAUGGGUUUCUUAAUAUCUGGGAUCUAAGGACCGGAAAGUAUCCCAUCCAUCGUUUUGAGCAUGACGCAAGAAUACAGGCACUAGCCCUCAGCCAGGAAGAUGCAACGGUUGCCACAGCUUCCGCUUUUGAUGUUGUAAUGUUGCGCCCCAACGACGAGGGCUACUGGCAAAUCGCGGCAGAGUUCGAAGUUCAGAAACUGGUUGACUACCUUGAAAUCGUUCCAGAUACCGGAAGGUAUCCUGUGGCAGUGGCCACAGCUGGAGAUCUGGUAUACCUGCUGAAAGCUGAAGACUCUGCCAGAACCCUCCAUUACGUCUAUGGCCAGCCGGUCACGUGUCUGGAUGUCUCAGCCAACCAGGCUGCUUUUGGUGUGAAGAGUCUGGGAUGGGUAUACGAAGGAAACAAGAUCCUGGUGUACAGCCUGGAGGCAGAGCGCUGCCUCUCGAAGCUGGGUAACGCGCUCGGGGAUUUCACUUGCGUCAACCUCAGAGACAGCCCUCCCAACCUCAUGGUCAGUGGCAACAUGGACAGGAGGGUGAGGAUCCAUGACUUCCGCACUGACAAAAUCGCCCUGUCGCUCUCCGCCCACCAACUGGGCGUCUCUGCAGUGCAGAUGGACGACUGGAAAAUCGUCAGUGGAGGCGAAGAAGGCCUGGUCUCGGUGUGGGACUAUCGGAUGAACCAGAAGCUGUGGGAGGUGCAUUCCAGGCACCCCGUCCGCCACCUGUCCUUCAACAGCCACAGCCUCAUCACGGCCAACGUGCCCUACGAGAGGGUGGUGCGCAACACUGACCUGGACUUCACGGCCCACAGGAGGCACCGCGGGCUGAUCCACGCCUACGAGUUCGCGGUGGACCGGCUGGCCUUGCAGAGCACGCUGCCCGUCUGCCGUUCGUCCGCGGACCCCACGGCCGGCCACGGCUAUGCCCUCGCGCUCGCCUUCCCCCAGGACCGGAGUUAGGCGCGAGCCUCCCUGCGGAGCGGGGAGAAAAGCGGGAAGAACCACGCCUGCCGGAUUUGGAAACUCCCGGGGGGAAGAACACGACCCCCGGGUGUACUCGUCUGACCCCACACAUGCCUCGGCUGCCUUUGCCUUCCUCUGCUGCCUGUUCGUUUUUCUGUAGCUGCCUGUGGAAAGCGGGAGCCUGUCACGGCUUGUCUCGUCUGUUUUCUGGGUGCUCUGGUCCUCCUCUGGGGCUUUCUUACCACUCACGCUGCACCUCCUUCCCACGCCCCUCCACGUCCACCCCGGCCCCAUCCGGGCCCCUCUGUCCGGAUACCGUGUGGACCUCCCCCCGCGUCUGCACACUACAGUCCAGGGCCCUGCUCACCUGCUGCCGCCAUCGUUCCGGUCUUCAAGCCCUUUCUCCAGGGGCAGGGGGAGGGGAGGUGCCUGAGCUGACACGGCCCCACCUCCCCUGGACCCGAGAGCACAUACUCACUCGGGCUGGUCUGUGAUGCCACCACCCGGUGUAGACUUGGGAUCACAGGCCUGUUUCCUCCUAGUUCUUAACCAUGAUUCAUAAUUAUAUAUUUAUACAAUUGCA